AUGUCAAUUGUGAAUUAUGAUGUUUUAAAUCAACCCCAUUACAUUAUACCACACCAUUCAGUUUUACGACCACAAAGUUCUUCAACAAAACUACGAGUUGUCUUCGAUGCGUCAUCACCUACCUCAACUAAUGUUUCAUUAAACGAUAUUUUAAUGGUUGGUCCAACAAUACAAGAAGACCUCAUAAUAACUAUUCUUGCUUUUCGUCUUAAUAAAUUUGCAUUGUCUGCAGAUGUUUGCAAAAUGUACAGGCAGUUUCUCGUUGAUGAAAAUGAUAGAAAUUUUCAACUUGUUUUGUGGAGAGAUAAUACAAAUGAUCCCAUUAACAUUUAUCGACUUAAUACGGUGACUUAUGGCACAUCCGCUGCACCUUUUCUUGCAAUAAGAAGUUUAUUUUUUAUCGCUGAUGCUUAUAAUCACAAAUUUCCGAUUGGUUCUAAAGUUUUAAAGCAAGAUCUGUACGUAGAUGAUCUGCUUACGGGGGCAGCAAAUAUUUUCGAACUUUCAGCGAAAAAGGCUGAAAUCAUCCAAAUCUUAGAAAAGUCUGGUCUACAAUUAACGAAAUGGAGUUCUAAUGUGCCACAAUUAGCUCAAUGUACAGAAGAAAUGAAUUUAAAAACUAACAAUGAAAACAUAACUAGAACUCUUGGAAUGUCUUGGAAACCUAAUGAGGAUAUAUUUUGCUUUCGAUUUAAUCUACCGAAUAUUGAAGUUCCUACUAAACGGUCAGUAUUAUCUGUAAUAGCCAGAAUAUUUGAUAUUUUGGGACUUUUAAGCCCUAUUGUGAUUUCAUGUAAAAUCUUAAUUCAAGAAUUAUGGAAACAACAAAUUGAUUGGGAUUCACCUCUAAAUGAACGUUUAAAAGGUCGUUGGAUUCAAAUCGAGAAGAGCUUACCUUACAUAAAUCAAAUUGAAUUGCCUAGAUUUGUACAAACAAAUCCAGAUGUUAAAUUCGAUAUACAUGGUUUCGCUGAUGCCUCUCAAUUAGCAUACGGAUGUUGUAUAUAUAUUCGAGCGGCUGAUCCUGAUUGUUUUCAUUCAAAUCUUCUAAUUGCCAAAUCAAAAGAAGCACCUGUAGUACAACAAUCGUUACCCAGGUUAGAAUUGUGCGCUGCCCUGUUAUUGUGUCGAACGUGGGAUAAAAUAAAACACAAAUUUGAAUCCUACUCUUAUCGAAUAUUCUUUUGGUCAGAUUCGCAAAUUGUUUUAAACUGGCUCACAAAGCAUUCAUCGUCUCUUGUGUGUUUCGUCGCUAAUCGUGUCUCAGAAAUUCAAAAUACUUCUCACAAUUUACCCUGGAGAUAUGUCCCAUCGAAACAAAAUCCAGCAGAUAUAGUAUCCCGUGGGUGUCUUGCUAAUGAAAUAAUAUCAACAAUGUGGUUUAGUGGACCUGAAUUUUUAAAAAAGGUAGAUGAGGAAUGGCCUCAAAACCCAAAUAUUGAAACUGAUCUUCCGCCAGAAGAAAUGAGAAAGUCUUCGUUUAACACAACUAUUGUCGUAAAAUCUAUAAUUUCGCAAAUCAUCACCAGUCAGUCAUCGUAUCUUCGUAUUCUACACAUUAUUAUUUAUAUUCAUCGUCUUUUUCACAAAUCUAAACGGAACUUAUUUAUAUCGUCAGAAGAACUGCAACUUGCAUUCUGGAAAGUAGUCCAUGACAUUCAAUCAACAACAUUUAAAGAUGAAAUUGAUCUUCUUCGAAAUGGUCAAACUCUAAAACCAAGUUUCCAAAAGUUAUCGCCUUUUUUACACGAAAUUCGUAGUUACAAAACAACUUUACUAAUUCUCAGAGUUGGUGGCAGGCUAGCAAAUUCAUCGCUGUCGUAUGAUACCAAGUUUCCAGCACUUCUUCCAAAAGAUCAUCAUUUUACAACUUUGUAUAUUAAAUACCUUCAUCUAAAACAUUUGCACGCGGGUCCAAAUGCUCUACUGGGAAUUAUUCGUCAACAAAUUUGGAUUAUAAAUGGUAGAAAUAUCGUUAGAAAAGUGGUUCGCAACUGUGUCCACUGUUUCAAAUACAAACCUCGACUCAUGCAACAAAUCAUGGGAGAUCUUCCAGCUGAUCGUCUAAAAGCUCAACGUCCUUUCCUAGUUUGUGGUGUUGAUUUCUGUGGACCAUUCUACAUAUCGUACAGAAUUAGAGGGAAGCCACCUUACAAAACUUAUGUAGCAAUAUUUGUUUGUUUCGCCUCCAAGGCUAUUCAUAUCGAAGUAGUCUCAGAUUUGUCUACUAAUACAUUUCUCUUAUGUUUAAAAAGAUUUAUAGGUAGACGUGGUAUACCUUUGCGUUUGUACUGUGACAACGCAACAAAUUUCGUUGGCGCUAACUUCAAACUUCAAGAAUUCAAACAACAUUUUUUCAAUGAUGACAAUGUUAAAUCUUUAAUGAACUACAGCGAAAUUACAGGCUUCAAAUUUGUAUUUAUCCCUCCCCGAUCACCACAUUUUGGCGGCCUUUGGGAAUCGGCUGUAAAAUCUACAAAAAAUAUUCUUGUUAAAAACAUGUCCAAAUCUGGAGUCACCUAUGAAGAAUUUCAAACCAUUCUAAUUGAAGUAGAAGCUAUAUUAAACUCACGGCCUUUAACACCCAGAUCUGACGAUCCUAAUGAUGGGGAAGCUUUAACCCCAGCCCAUAUGAUCAUUGGUUCAUCUUUGUUGUCCCUACCGGACGAAAACUUAAUAGAUUGUAAAAAUUUAAAUUAUUUAAAACGUUGGCAAUUGGUGACAUAUUUAAAACAACAGUUUUGGAUGCAGUGGCUUCGUGACUAUGUUUUGAAUCUUCAACAAAAAUCUAAAUGGUUCAAACCGUGUGCUAACAUUGAAGAAGGAUGA